AUGAUUUUGUUUAUUGGGUUCUUCUUUUAUCUGCUUAAUUACUUUCUGUAUAAAAACGAAUUGAUAUACUGUACUCUUAAUCCCUAUGAAUCAGGUGGUGUAUUUUGGAGAGAAGCAACCAAAUUGAUAUUAUUUAGUGUUAUCACAUUUCAAAUAUUUACAUUUGUAGUCAUUUCUAACAAAACAAAUAUGUUGAUAUUUUUGUUGUUAGUUCCCUUAUUAGGAAUUGAUUAUUAUUUUUAUAAAGGAUUAAAAGAUCUUUUUACAGCCAAUUGUAGAAACAUCCCAAUUAACGAACCUGAAGAAACAUUCCUUGAUAACUUUUCUAGGAAUGUACUUAAAAACCGUAAAAAGUAUUUAGAAGAUUGGGGAGAACUUAGAAUUGAUAAUACUGAAGACAAUUUACCAAUUACUGAAAUGGGUUUGCAUGAUAAACAACCCAAAUUUGACACAAAUUCUUACUAUAGAGAUCCAGCAACCUUAGAAACAUAUAAUGAAUUACUACUACCUGCGAAGUUUUUCAAAUCAAUCAAAUUUAUUUUAACUUAUGAUCAAAACAAUGUCUAUGAAAUGAAAUUAGAUAAUGAAAAUUCCUAUUCAUUCUUUUAA